UCCUCUCUCAGCUGUCAUUCUGCUGAAGAAGGUUUUGUGUUUUUAAGGCAUUUAACUCGAAUAAACUUUCCGACAGCUUAUGUAUUUUACAGGCGAUGUGACGGAAACUCCCUGCUGUUGAACGCGACACCGCGACUCCUGAUCUAGCGCUAAUGAGCGGCGUUUACUACAGAGAAACUCCUGCUGAAGCGACUGAGCUCCACUAUUAUAAAGAUGGCCUUUAUUAAAGAGGAGAGUGAAGACCUGAAGAUUGAGGAAACAUUCAGAGUCAAACAUGAAGAUCCUGAGCAGCUAACAGAGCUGAUGUUGCUGAACGAUGAGUGUGAAGAUCUGGAUGAAAUUAAAGAGGAGGAUCAGGAUGAUCAAAUCUCUGGUGUAGAAAAACCACCUGAAAAGGCUCAUUUUACCUGCUUCCAGUGCGGAAAGACCUUCCUUCACUAUGGCAAGCUCAAAGACCACCUCAGAAUUCACACCGGAGAGAAGCCGUUCACGUGUCCUCAGUGUGGAAAGAGCUUCAAUAAGAAUGGAAACCUGAAAGUCCACUUGAGGAUCCACAGCGGAGAGAAACCCUACCCCUGCCUGCAGUGUGGCAAGAGCUUCUACCUGCGCAUAAAGCUCAAAGUGCACAUGAGGGUGCACACCGGAGAGAGUCCCUUCACCUGCCCGCAGUGUGGGAAGAGCUUCAAGCAGAGGGGAAACUUUGUGAACCACAUCAGGAUCCACACCGGAGAGAAGCCCUACAUCUGCCAGCAGUGCGGGAAGAGCUUCAACCAGGACGGCAGCCUGAAGGUUCACAUGAGGGUUCACACCGGAGAGAAACCCUUCACCUGCCAACAGUGUGGGAAGAGCUUCAACCUGCGGGGAAACCUCAAAGUGCACAUGAGGGUCCACACCGGAGAGAGCCCCUUCACCUGCACACAGUGUGGACUGAGCUUCAGUCAGAAAAUCAGCCUUAAAAGACACUGGAGGAUUCACAGCGCAGAGAAAACCUGCAGUGCCAACAGUGUGGAUAAAUGUCCCGCUGCCAGAGGAAACUGCACUAGAAGAUGUAAGUGAGAAAAGCAUCAGUGUGGAAAGAGCUUCUAGCAAGAAAGAAACCUUAAAGUCACCAUGAAAUCUAAAUGUACUUUCCUAUUUUUAUAUGUAGUGCUUGUUAUGUAAAGGAUGUAUCUGUGCACUUCAUUUGUUUGUAAAAAAUUUAUUUGUCCUGAUAAAUUGUAAUCAAAUACCAUAACCUUAAUUCCCCCUCGAAACAAGUUCUUCACCUGGUCACAUGGAAUACCUUUAGGGCGGGGUCAUCAGUGCUUUGGGGCGGGCCUAUCAGUGCUUUGGGGCAGGGCUAUCAUUCUUUAGGGCGUGGCCAUCAGUGUAAUGGAGGCCAGCUAGUGAAGUGCUGUGCAGGUAAACCUGACCCCCUGACCUCUGAAGUUGCUCUAGCGACAGACGCUACAGGCCAUGGUCUUUAGCCUCCUUAUCAGAGCAACCGACUCCCAUACAAAGAAUCGCUGGAUCAAUCCUAGCUCAGAGCAGGUUGGGUGCAGUAGGACCGGCGGGGUUACAUUGGUGCCGUGACCCGGAUGGGAGUGAGGUUUAGGGGGGUGAGAGUAGCGGAGGCCAGCUAGUGAAGUGCUGUGCAGGUAAACCUCACUCCUCUGACCUCUAAAGUUGCUCUUGCGACAGACACUAGAGGCCAUGGUCUUUAACAUCUUUGUUUGAGCAACCGACUCCCAUACAAAGAAUCGCCGGUUCAAUCCUAGCUCAGAGCAGGUUUUGGUGCAGUAGGACCGGCGGGGUUACAUUGGUGCCGUGACCCGGAUGGGAGUGAGGUUUAGGGGGGUGAGAGUAGCAGAGGUCAGCUAGUGAAGUGCUGUGCAGGUAAACCUCACUCCUCUGACCUCUAAAGUUGACACUGACACUAGAGGCCAUGGUCUUUAGCAUCUUUGUUUGAGCAACCGACUCCUAUACAAAGAGUUGCCGGUUCGAUCCCAGCUCAGAGCAGGUUGGGUGCAGUAGGACCAGCGAGGUUACACACGCAGACUUUAAAGUUGUCAUGAAACUGAAGUUGCUGAGGCUUUUAUUUCAGUAUGUUGAUGUACCUUCAGUUGAAAAUGAAUAUUGAGUAGGGGGCGGGGCUUUCAUUCCCCUAUAGCAAACUAACUUGACUUCCUCUCCAGUCCUACUAACAUGAUUUGAUUUUGAAGUCCCAAAAUUGAUUAGGGAAGACUCAGGACUGGACUUAGACUUGUUUGACUUGAUUCGGGACCUGAGAGACGACUUGAAUGUUAGGACUGGAGACUUAUUGAGGACUUGCAAAACACUGACUUGGUCCCAACAAAUCUUUGAGCACAUGAUAUGUAAAAACAAACUGCGAUGCCUGUCAAGGCCUUGCCAAAACCAGCAGGGGCGAUAAUGACACAUAUGCUGGGGAAUUAAGUACAUCAAGUAAAUUAAUAUAAUUAAUAGCUAAUAAAUUUCAUGCAAAUUAAUGCAAACGUGAGAACAGAGGCGAAUUACCAUCCUGCAGUGCAAAUAAUGCAGAAUACGCAGAAUUUGCCUCAUUUGCAUCUUCCAUGUUUGGUGUGAAUCCAGCGCCCACACUGCAUGCAGUGCUAUUAAUGCACACACCUGACUCCGCCCCUAACAAUGAUGUCACAAUCUCUACUGAGCGCAUCUGUCUGAGAUCGCCUGUCUGCAGCCAGACACUAUUGCAUCUGUCGGACUCAAGGAUCAGGAUUGAGAAACGCUGAAUAUAGAAAAGUAUAUUACAGUAGCCUGUAGUGUCUGAUUUCUUCAAAGGGUAAUGUUAGCAACACACAUCUACAUCCAUUAGGGGUGCGCAGAAACCUGAAUUCAGUCCUGUUUGAGAUUGUAUGCUAAUUCACGAUGACCAAAACACCUCACAAAAUGUGUUUGGAAAAUAUAAUCUCAUUGGGAUGUGAUUAGAUGUCUCAUUGGGUCACUGAGUCUGCUGAAAAGCAGCAGGUAAUAUAAUCUGGGAUUUUCACAGAGGUCUUGAGAUAAAUAUUGUACACAAUGUCUGUCUGUGAAACAGAAACUCACAUCACUAACACCUCUUAGUAAAAUUAGCCUCGUCUGAAUAGGGCUAUGGAAAUGGCUGAUGAUUAAUUGUCUAAUAAAUAAUUGCAUUUAUGCCAUUAAUUGUCUGUUUUGGUGCUUUGACGAUGAAUUGUCUGAUAUGGGGCUCAUACAGAAAUCUGAUAUAUGAUCAAAUAUGAACACACACACUGUAUACAGAAUUAUAGUUAAUAUACCUGAGCAUGUGUGUGUUGUAAAUGUGUAAACUGCUGUUUACGCAGUAUUUUGUAAUAUUGAUAAUGGAUAUUUGUACAUGUUUAUUUUUUAUAUCUAUGAUAACUUCAGCUUCUAUGUUAAAGAUGUGAUUUGCAUACAUCUUAUUUCUAUCUGGAGGCCUUGUCAUGUUUUUA